AAUCAGAUCUCGUGUCUGAGAGAAACGUCAAAAUCUGUUUAUUUCUCAUAUUUGUUGAUUUUUAGCUUUUUGGCAAUGGGAAAGACUUCCAAGGAUAAACGGGAUAUAUUUUAUCGCCUUGCCAAGGAGCAAGGGUGGCGUGCUAGAAGUGCUUUCAAGCUAAUACACAUUGACCAAAAGUUUAAUAUACUCAAUGGAGUUACCAGGGCUGUUGAUUUGUGCGCCGCUCCAGGAAGUUGGUCACAAGUUUUGUCCAGAUGCCUUUACAAAAACAAUGAAGAAAAGGACAAGGUGAAAAUCAUUGCUGUUGACCUACAGGCAAUGGCACCCUUAGACGGUGUUAUACAAAUACAAGGUGAUAUCACAAAAAUCGAAACGGCUAAAGCUAUUAUUGAUCAUUUUGGUGGUGAAGAUCAAAAAGCCCAGCUGGUUAUAUGUGAUGGAGCACCAGAUGUCACUGGCCUCCAUGAUAUCGAUGAAUAUAUACAAAGUCAACUUUUAUUGGCUGCCUUGAGUAUAACGACUCACGUUCUAAUGGCUGGAGGGAAUUUCGUAGCAAAAAUAUUUCGCGGAAAGGAUACUAGCCUUUUGUAUUCCCAGUUAAAAAUAUUUUUUGAAAAAGUUUCAAUUGCUAAACCAGCUAGCUCCAGAAACUCCAGUAUAGAGGCCUUCGUCGUUUGUCAAAAUUAUAGAUGUCCCGAAGGCUAUAUACCUCAAAUGAUUAAUCCCAUGAUAGAUGAUGUAAAGGUUAUACAGAAUGCAACAGAUUCGAUAGUAAAUAAAACAUUGAUUCCUUUUGUUGUUUGUGGUGAUUUAUCGGGCUACGAUUCCGAUAUGAGCUACAAUUUAAAUCAUGAUGACACAGAUUCCGAAUAUACAUACCAUGAAGUUGUACAGAAGCCAAUAUCACCAGCUUACAAAGAAAUAUUGGAUAAAUUAAAAAAUUGUUCCAUAAAACAUAAAGCCAUUACCAUUAACCAUGAAAGCGAAUAAAAAUCAGGUUGGAAUUCACACAAAA